AUGGGUCGACCAAAGAAGGCUGCUGCUUCCUCAUCACCAAAGAAGGUGAAAUCACCGAAGAUGAAAUCGGAACGCAAGAAGAAGGAUCCGAACGCACCGAAACGAGCUCAGUCGGCGUACAUGCUGUGGUUGAACGAGAAUCGCGCCAAAAUAGCCAAGCCUGGCAUGAGUGUGGUCGAUGUUUCUAGAGCCGCUGGUGUUGAAUGGGCUACCGUCAAGGACAAGUCGAAAUGGGAGAAACAGGCUGCUGAAGAGAAGAAACGGUACGAGAAAGAGAUGGCGGCCUACAAGGCCGGCGGAUCGGCAUCGUCACCAAAAAAGGCUGGAAAAGCUAAGGCGAAGUAA